CGUAAUGGAUCCAAACUUGCAAAAAAAAGCACAUCAUUUUCGAUGAACAAAGUACAAUUAGAGAUAGUACAAGAGAUAAAAUUUUUGGGAAUUAUACUGACCCCUACAAUAACUUUUGAAAAGCAAUAUAAAAAAGUCGUUCACAAAUCAAACUGUCUGAUUAAUAAUAUGAUGAAACUUUGUACACAUAUUAAGCUUAAAAAUAUAUUUAGUCAUUUUAGACUAUUUACUUCUAUAAUUUUUAAUGCGAUAUCCUACGCCUCACCUAUUUGGAGUCUAACCAAUUAUAAGAAACUUGAAUCCAUUCAAAAUAAGUUUAUUCGAAAAUUGUUUACAUUGGAAUACAAUAUUGCUGGUUAUGCUCUUAGAAUUGAACUCAGCAGAUUUAGAUUGGCUCCUUUUUUUAUCAAAAGAUUCGUUAAUUUUCUAUAUAAGAUCAGAGACAAUAAUAAUCUUUCAACAAAACUAUUAUAUUUGCUGUAUAAAAAAAUGUGUCAAAAACCCCAAAAAAAUACCUGGAUUAGUCAAAUGAAGAACAUAAUCAAUGAAUACGGAGUUUCUAUAUCUCCAAUACUAGAAAAUUCAGAAAUUAGCGACCUUAUAAGAAAACAACUUAUACAUAAUGCAUUGGAAAUCUCAUUAGCUCAAGAUAUUGAAGAAAUACACAAGAGAAGAGAGCCUAAAUGGUAUAAAAUAUUGCUAAAUUACCCUUUCAAUAACAAUUAUAUACUAUCUAAUAUGUCGUUUACAGUCAAGAAGUUUUUCAUUCAACUAAGAUUAAAUAGCAAUAUGAUUUUAAUUAAUAAUAGAAUAUAUGAAAUUUCCAAAAGUAAUUGCCCAAGAUGUCAGGAAUUAUUUACAAAAUAUCACGUUUUCUGCGAAUGUAAAACAGGCUACGAUCUAAGAAUUAAAAUGGAUUUGAAACAAUUAAAUUUCAUCACAGAAGAAAAUCAAAUGUAUUGUUUCUUCCAGGGUGCAAAUAUUGCUAUGAUUUAUAAAUUAUAUAAUUAUAUAAAAACCUUUUGUAAUCAAUCCUAAAAGGAUAAAUGAAAUUGAAUUGACCUGACAUUGUAUAUAGUAAUACUAACUGAUACACAUUGGAAUGUAUAAUCGUGACUAUGAUCAAUGUCCAUUCUAUGUUAUA